AUCGGUGUAUUUCUUAGCCGAUGCGCCGGCCAUGGCUACUACAAUAUCUACGCCGCACCGUUGUUGUCCCCUACGAUUGACCACUAGGGAGCGCGCAGUAAUCCUUUGUCUCGCCAGAGCUCAGUCACCGAGGGCCAAGGAUGUUGUUGUCAAGCAGAUUAUAUCGAGAAGAGAGCGGACAGUGCGGCCGAGCAACUUGACUGUCCUUGAGAAGGUAACCUCGCUCUCCGCAUCCUCCUCAUCAUCCAGCACCCCCCGGCCUUUCCCGGCAGCCUCCCUGGAGCAGGAGCUCCAGGGACUGUCUCCUUUGGACGCUCAAAAGCGCCUCACUGGCUGCGUCAAGGCUGCGCGCAGCUUACAGGACUUUGCGGCCAUCAUCGCCGCAGGCGGUCGCCUCAUCGACGCAAUAUGUCUCGUAGCCAUCCUAUCUAGCCUGCCUAGAGCUGUGCAACGUGCAGCGGUACCUGUCGUUACGACAGCGGCGCCUUCCGCGCCGGCCAACAACCCCCCGGACAGCGCUGUUUCUGCUGCUGCUGCUGCUGCUGCUGCGGCGGCGGCGGCGGCGGCGGCGGGUACGAACGGUCCUGCUGGCCAUCAGCGGUUUGCAUUGCAGCUGUCUGAUCAGGACAGCCGGGAGCUGAGUGGGCUGGUGGGGGGAGUGGUGGCGCUGGUGCGGAUCAGGCUGCGGGAAUUCGACUCCAACGGCCUGGUAACGGUCACCGUGGGGCUGGCCAAGCUCAGCAGCUAUUCCACGGUGGAGUCCUCCGUCUUCCGCGCCCUCCUGACCCAGCUGGAGCCCCGACUGCCGGGACUCACCACCAAGGCACUGGCCAACCUCAUGUGGGCGCUGGCCACUGCCGGUGUGCAGCCGUGCGGCUCCUGGCUAUCGUGCUUCUACACCUCCCUGGAGCGCCAGUUGGAGUCGUUCAGCGGGCCGGACCUGGCCAACCUCUGCUGGGGGCUGGCCAAGCUGGACCUGAUGCCGGAGGUCUGGCUGAUGGACCAGCUGAUGGCGGUCUGCCUGGAGCAGCUGCGGAGGAGCCACUCGGUGGCGGAUGGGGCCACACUGCUGACGUGCCUUGCGCGGUACUACUGCGCGUACAACUACCGGCUUGGGGAUGAGGUGCUGGGGUCCUUCCUGGCGGCCAUGCAGCCGGGGCUGAGGGGGGGCGCGCCCGGGGACCUGGUGGCGGUCGUGCAUUCGGCCGUGUGUAUGAGCCACAUGCCGGGUCGCGCCUUCAUGUUGGACUUGUAUGCGGUGCUGAAGGAUAGGCUGACGUGUGGGCCCACUCUAUCGUACGCCGACUUUUCGCGACUGCUCUGGUCGCUGUCGAGGGUGGACUGCACGCCGCCGCGCAGUUGGUUGCGGGAGUUCAUCGAGGUGAGCACCCCCAAGCUCGCCCACCUGCGCCACCGGGCCCUAUCUGAGCUGAUCUGGGCUCUGGCGUGCUGGGACUGCAAACCUUCUCCGAGGUUCCUGGAUGAGUUCUUCCGGGCUUCAGGGCGGAGGCUGAGCGACUACCCGCCCGCGCAGAUUGUGGACACACUCUCAGCGCUGGCCAAGCUCGGCUGCCGAGCACCCGCACCCUGGCUUGGAGCCAUGCUCACCUCGUUCUGCGCCUCACUGUCCGAGGCGCGGGCCCACGAGUUGGUCACACUGUUAGAGUCCGUGGUGGCGGUCGCCGACGACCGGCAAUGGCUGGCGGCGCCAUCACAACGCGCGGCGCUGCAGCUGCUCGCGGAUACCGCCGCAUCACGCUUUGAUGCCUUCGACGCGUGCAGUCACGCGCGGCUGGUGCUGGCGCUGGCGCGAGCCAACUGCUGCCCUGGCGCCGCGUGGCUGAGCGAGCAGCAGGCCAGCUUGGCGAGUGCGUGGAGCGCAGAAGGGGGCCGCAGCGGCGGCGGUAUGCCGGCAGGUAUUGACACGGCGACAGCGGCGGGGUUGCGUCAGGCGUACAGUCAGUGGGAGGUGGAGUUGGAGCCGGUGCUGGCUGCGGAGUUGGAGGGCCGGAUGCAUCUCUCGAGCGAAUCUCGCCGGGAAGAACCCCCAGAGAUAAAACUAGCCACAGCUACAGGGGGGCCUUCCGCCAUGAUAGUUCGCAUUAUAGCUCUGUAUUUGCGGGUGUUCCAUUCCGCGUAUGUGCAUGCCGGAGCGCACGCGUCGCGCUUGGGGGGGCCGGUCUAG